CAGACUAGAUUCUGCCCCUCCAGGACAUCCAGCGGGACUGAGCGACUGCUGCUGCGCUAUCCUCAAAUACAUGCUCCGCCUAACCCCGCAGCCCUCCUCGAGCUCCGGGACCGCUAGAUAAUAACGCGCUUCGGUGACGGUGAUUGUUCGGGGUUCGUCGAGGAUGAGGCUGAUCGAGACGCGUGCGGAUGGAGAGGAGAAGCGCGAGCUGCCGCCUCCGUUCAGAAACCCGUUCGCGCACGAGCUGCGGUUCACGGCGGCGCAGAAGCUGCAGAUCGGUUUGAUGACGGUGACGCUCUUCCCCAUCCGGCUCUUCAUAGCGGCGUUCAUGAUGCUGCUGGCCUGGCCGUUUGCCUUCAUCGCUUCGGUGGGCCGCUCUGAGACAGCGGUGGAGCCGCAGUGCUUAUGGAGAAAGCUGGUGGACGUGGUGCUCAGGACCAUCAUGCGGGUCAUGUGGUUUGCCGGCGGUUUCCAUUGGAUCAGCAUUAAGGGCAGACAGGCUCUGCCUGCAGAAGCGGCCAUCCUCACCCUCGGCCCGCACUCGUCCUACUUCGACGCCAUUCCCGUCACCAUGACCAUGGCUUCUAUUGUGAUGAAAGCGGAGAGCAAAGACAUCCCGGUGUGGGGCACUCUCAUCAAAUACAUCCGGCCCGUGUUCGUGUCGCGCUCGGAUCAGGACUCCAGGCGGCAGACGGUGGAGGAGAUCAAGAGAAGAGCUCAUUCAGGAGAGUGGCCACAGAUAAUGAUUUUUCCAGAAGGGACGUGCACCAAUAGAACCUGCCUGAUCACAUUCAAACCAGGAGCGUUCAUUCCUGCGGUUCCUGUUCAGCCUGUCGUGAUCCGCUACCCAAACAAACUGGACACUAUCACGUGGACCUGGCAGGGACCCGGAGCGUUUAAGAUCCUGUGGUUGACUCUGUGUCAGCUUCACAAUGAAUUCGAGAUCGAGUAUCUGCCCAUUUACUCGCCCUCAGAGGAGGAGAAGAAGAACCCAGCGCUCUUCGCUCACAACGUGCGCCGCUUGAUGGCAAAGGCCCUGCAGGUCCCCGUCACAGACUACUCGUAUGAAGACUGUCAGCUAGCCAUGGCGGAGGGUCAGAUCCGGCUGCCCGUCGACACGUGUCUGCUGGAGUUCGCUAAACUGGUGCGCAGUCUGGGGCUGAAGCGUGUGAACUCAGAGAAGCUCCUGCAGGAUUAUGGGAAGUGCGCUCGUAAACUGCAGGGUCAGAGACUGAGUCUGGAGGACUUCGCCCAGUUCCUCGAGCUGCCCGUGUCAGGCGAGCUCAGACACAUGUUCGCUCUCUUUGACGAGAAUGAAGACCACUCGAUGGACGUCCGGGAGUUUGUGGUCGCCUUCUCUGUGGUGUGUCAGCCUGCAAAAACACUGGACACCAUCAGGCUGGCCUUCCAGAUGUUUGAGGCAGAGGAGGACGGUGCGAUCACAGAGAACGAGCUGAUGUGCAUCUUGAGGACAGCGCUGGGCGUCGGAGAGCUCAGAGUCAGCCGACUGUUCAGAGCCAUCGAUGAAGAAGACUCGGGUAAAAUCACCUUCGAGAGCUUCAGGGAGUUUGUGGAUCAGCAUCCAGACUUUGCCGAGCAGUACCUCUACUCAGACAACGCAGGCUUCGGCAGCAGCUCCCCGUCCCACGCCACCAACGGCUUCUGCGCCGACUUCAGCCCGAGAGAGCAGAAGAAACUCGACUGAGCCUCGCUGCAAUCAACGUUUACUUCCUGCUGUCCGUGACAUCUGAUUGGUUCCUUUACGCUUGCUGGUUUUCUCUUCCACUCAGCAUCUCUAUUUUAAAAGCAAAUUGAAGGGAAUUAGUUAUUUGUGUUUUGUUUUUUGGUCAAAGAAAUACUUGAAAGCCAAGCACUUAUUUCAUUUCUCAUUGGGGGGUUUAUUUGUGUGACUGAUACUGACCGACUGUGCAUGUAUUUUGUAUACGGGAUGAAAGCGUCCAGUUAGUAAUGAAUGCAAGCGGUUUCUCGCGCUCUCAUUCAGUCCCUCGCCUGUCCACGUCUUUUGUUUUCUGUCUUUCAAGACUGUAGAUGCCUUUAUGAAUUCAUAAGUGAAUAUUUGCAUGGGCUCGAUGCUUGAUAACAG